AGCACCGCUUUUAGUUCUAGAAAUUUGUACAAAUUGAUCGUCUUCUUGGUGUGAGCAUUGUUCGUUGCUGUGCUGUUCUUUGCUGUGAGCUAAAAUAUAUUGAUUAUCGUCGUUUUGGUAGCUGUGAUAAAUAUUUUUAUUGAAAACAGUCCAUCCAUUGCAGAAUAAUGGUGAAAGAAACCAAAUUCUACGAUAUACUGGGCGUCAAACCUGGUUGUAGCCAGGAUGAUCUGAAGAAAGCAUAUAGAAAGUUGGCCUUAAAGUUUCACCCCGAUAAGAACCCCAACGAGGGUGAAAAAUUUAAACAGAUAUCUCAAGCAUAUGAAGUACUGUCUGAUCCAGAGAAAAAACGUAUCUAUGAUGCAGGUGGUGAGCAAGCUCUUAAGGAGGGUGGAAUUGGGGCCAGUUCAUUUACCAGCCCCAUGGAUCUUUUUGACAUGUUCUUCGGGGGUGGUUUUGGUGGAGGCAGAGCACGCAGGAGAGAAAGAAAAGGAAAGGAUGUUGUUCACCAACUUAGUGUCACAUUAGAAGAACUUUACAAAGGAGCAGUUAGGAAACUAGCUCUUCAGAAAAAUGUAAUUUGCGACAAAUGUGAAGGCAGAGGAGGCAAGAAGGGUGCUGCUGAGCAGUGCCCUACUUGUAGGGGUACAGGAAUGCAAGUCCAAGUACAACAGUUAGGACCAGGAAUGAUUCAGCAGAUUCAAACAGUUUGUUCUGAAUGCAAGGGGCAAGGUGAAAGAAUUAAUCCAAAGGAUAGAUGCAAGCAGUGUAAUGGAAAGAAGACAAUUCGUGAUCGCAAAAUUUUAGAAGUAAAUGUGGACAAGGGUAUGGUUGAUGGUCAGAAAAUAGUUUUUAGUGGCGAGGGUGAUCAAGAACCCGAAUUAGAGCCUGGAGACAUUAUAAUUGUCCUGGAUGAGAAACCGCAUCCUGUUUUCAAGCGAAAUGGCAAUGAUCUUAUCAUACAUCAGGAAAUCGAGCUUGUUGAAUCUUUAUGUGGUUUUCAACGUGUCAUCAGGACCCUGGACUAUCGCGAACUUGUCAUCACAGCUAUACCAGGCGAAGUCACAAAGCAUGGAGCCGUCAAAUGCGUUAUGAACGAAGGCAUGCCCCAAUAUAAGAAUCCGUUUGAAAAGGGGCGCCUAAUAAUUCAGUUCCUGGUUAAAUUCCCAGAUACUAUUGCUCCCGAACUUAUCCCGACUCUUGAAAAUUGCCUGCCUCCACGUCCUGAGAUAAUGAUCUCCGACUUAGCCGAAGAAUGCGUAUUGUUGCCCUUCGACCCCGAACAGGAGGCCAGAAGACGCAGUACCAAGAACGUAUACGAUGAGGACGACGACAUGCACGGACAUGGGCAAAGAGUCCAGUGCGCAACAAAUUAAAAACGAUGUCUUAGGUCAAUUGAAAAUUGUUUUCUCAAAGUUCAUUCCGUGUUUUUUCUCCUAUAACAGGGUGUGUGAACUUCAACUUUUAGUUCGACACUACUCAAAAAUUAAUAAAAAGAAGGAUAUCGUUAUCCAUUCACUAUGCUUAUCUGAUAUGGUCAUUACCAUUCAAGAACUUCGUAAUUAUAGUGUUUGGUAAUUUUCAAAUAGGCAGGACCUUACCAUAUCUGCAGAAAUUGUAAUAAAAAAUAAAAACAUAAAUGUAUAAAAAAAGAAGAUCAUGACUACUUAUAGCUUUUUGUACCUGCUUUAUUGGUUUAAAAUAAAUAAACCUUGCAAUAUUUAACAUAAAAGUCUCAGAAGGUCACACAUCCUCAAACAAAAUUAGUACAUGACGUGUUAUUUACAAUACAACACAUGUGUAGUAGAAUUCAGUAAUAUGUAGUCGCCGUGGUUUGUAUUAAACUUUUUCAGUUCACUUUUUCUCA